AUGAUCAUGGAGAAGGGGAUGAGUUCAGCAGAAGGUCUGCCUUCCAAAUCAUCUCAGGUUAUGGCUGUUAAGGUAACAGCCAAAGAGCAUGAAACAAAAUUACCCCAUAAAGAGAAGCGUGUAGGAUUUGUGUUGGUGCAUGCAGGUGCAGGUUAUCACUCUGAAUCCAAAGCUAAAGAAUAUAAACAUGUGUGCAAAAGAGCUUGCCAAAAGGCUAUUGAACAACUACAGGCUGGUGCCCUAGCAACAGACGCAGUGACUGCAGCUCUAGUUGAACUAGAGGAUUCCCCUUUUACAAAUGCAGGAAUGGGCUCCAAUUUAAACCUUUUGGGUGAGAUAGAAUGUGAUGCCAGCAUUAUGGAUGGAAAGUCCUUAAAUUUUGGAGCGGUUGGAGCACUGAGUGGAAUCAAGAAUCCAGUUUCAGUUGCAAAUAGAUUGUUGUGUGAAGGGCAGAAGGGAAAACUCUCUGCUGGCAGAAUUCCUCCCUGCUUUUUAGUUGGAGAAGGAGCCUAUAGAUGGGCAGUGGAUCAUGGAAUACCCUCAUGUUCUCCAGGUGUUAUGACUACAAGAUUCAGUCUAGCAGCCUUUAAAAGAAACAAGAGGAAGUUAGAGCUGGCAGAAAGGGUGGAAACAGAUCUCAUUCAACUAAAGAAAAGAAGACAAUCAAGUGAAAAGGAAAAUGACUCAGGAACUUUGGACACAGUUGGUGCAGUAGUUGUUGAUCAAGAAGGAAAUGUUGCUGCUGCUGUUUCCAGUGGAGGUCUAGCUUUGAAACAUCCUGGGAGAGUUGGUCAGGCUGCUCUUUAUGGAUGUGGCUGCUGGGCUGAAAAUACUGGCGUUCAAAAUCCUUACUCUACAGCUGUGAGUACCUCAGGCUGUGGAGAGCACCUUGUACGUACAAUACUGGCCAGAGAAUGUUCACAUGCUUUGCAAGCUGAAGAUGCCCACCAAGCUUUGCUCGAAACUAUGCAAAACAAGUUCAUCAGUUCACCUUUCCUAGCCAAUGAAGAAGGUGUACUUGGAGGGGUGAUAGUUCUUCGAUCUUGUAGAUGUUCUGCAGAACCUGACUCCUCACAAGAUAAACAGACACUUCUAGUGGAAUUUCUAUGGAGUCAUACAACUGAGAGCAUGUGUGUUGGAUAUAUGUCUGCUCAGGAUGGCAAAGCCAAGACUCACAUUUCAAGACUUCCUCCUGGCGCUGUAGCGGGACAGUCAGUGGCAAUUGAAGGAGGAGUUUGCCGUUUGGAGAGCUCAGUGAACUGAACGCCUCUAGCUCAGCAUGAAGUGUUUAAAUGGCACUUGGGGAUCUGAGCUGGUUUUUAAACAGAUAUUGGGUAUUUUAUUCUCAUUUUAUCUUUCUUAUUGCAACCUCGUGCACCAUAACUUGAGACACAAGUGCUGCUGUAGUCUCUACUCUUAGUGAUGUGUGAGUGUGUGACAGUGUAAGGGUAUGACUAUGUGAGCAGAUGUAUGUGUGUGUGUUUCCCCCAAUGGAAUAGAAUCUCCUUUUCCUCAUCGUGCAAAU